CCCACAACAAGGAUAGUCUCCUAUGUCACCCAAUGAAACCCCAUCACUUUUUUAAUCCGUUGAGCUAUGAUGUUGCAAUUGACCCACAAGAACUAUAACCACUUCUGCUUUUGGCGAGGACAGAUUUCCAUCCAAAGACCUUUUCCUGCACCGUUCAGACAAUAGCAGAGAAUAAACCACAGGAGCACAGAGGCUCUCUGAAGUCCCGGAGAAAGACAGCUCUCCUGCACCAAGAGGCCUCUUGGGAUCCUGUUGUUGACCACAAUCUUCCAAAGAGGCUGAAGUUUCAGGGAUGAGAAAAUGGGUGGCCCCUUUGAGGCCUUCUUCCUUGGGCUAAUUUCAACAUCGUUGCUUUGGAAAGGUGUGAUACCUGACAAAGUGGAAGGGUAUGACCUGAAAGCUCCUGAUCAUGUAUUGGUAGAGGAAGGACUCUGUACCAUUAUUCCCUGCAAUUUCACUUACAAUAAAAUUCAUGCUACUCCCAGUGAAACAUUGUAUGGAUAUUGGAGGAAAGGAACAGACAAUAAGAAUGUUAUCCAAGUGGCCAAUUCUUAUCAAAGGUCGCCUCAACAUCACUUUCAACUCACUGGGGAUGUGACUGCAGGAAACUGUUCUCUCCUCAUCUUGAACGCCCAAAAAUCUGAUGCAGGGAAGUACUAUUUCAGGAUGGAAAAAAACCCUAACGCAUGGUUUAGCUUUUACAGCUACGCUAAUCCAUCCCUGAACGUGACAGAAAAACAACCACCAGAAAUACAGAUAUUGGGGAAAGUGCGGGCAGGAGAUCAUACAAACAUCACCUGUGCAACCUUCGCAAGCUGUAGUCGGAUGCCUCCAAAGUUCACCUGGAGCGGCUUUCCCAAACCUAUCAACCCUCAUCUGCAGCUGAACGGGAUCCAGAUUUACAGCACUGUGCUGAAUUUCUUACCUUCAGUUGCAGACCACCAGCGGAAUCUCACCUGCAGGGUCAACUACGCAAAUGAGAUCCCACCGCAGAUGGUAGUGAUCAAGGGGGAACAUUUUAACUCCAGUAACAGUCUGGAAAACUUCACAAACAUUUCUCAGCUCACGGUACAAAAAGGGGAUCGCAUCCAGCUAUUCUGCAAGGCAAAGGGCAACCCUUCGCCCAAUGUGACUUGGGUUAAGGGAACCCAAGUCUUGGAGAGUCCAUCCCAAGCCUUGAAUGACUUGAAGCUUUCUGAUCUUAAGGCAAAGGAUGCUGGGAAGUACAUAUGCCGGGCAGCCAAUGCUGAAGGCUCUGCUGAAGCGUUCCUCGAACUCUCCGUGAUAGACCCAGAUAAAAGCCUGCUUCUUACAGUGACUGGCGCCCUCGUCAUGCUUGCUGUUAUCGUGCUAAUCGUUGGGACCAUCCUUGCUUCUAAAAG